UUGUUAUAUCAGAAUCGUAUUAAAAAACAAGGAAACGCUAAGCUUUUUGCGCAUUAUGAGCAGCAAUACAAAGCGGACCAUUUACGUAGGUGGGCUAGCCGAAGAGGUUGAUGAAAAGGUGUUACAUGCAGCAUUUAUACCUUUUGGAGAAAUUGUUGAUGUCCAAAUACCAUUGGAUUAUGAAUCUGAAAAGCAUAGAGGAUUUGCGUUCAUUGAAUUUGAAACAGCAGAAGAUGCAGCUGCAGCUAUAGAUAAUAUGAAUGAUUCUGAAUUGUUUGGCCGUACAAUAAGAGUAAAUAUUGCUAAGCCACAAAAGAUAAAGGAAGGUUCAUCAAAACCAGUAUGGGCAGAUGAUGCCUGGUUACAAGAACAUGCAGGAGAGACACUGAAGAAUGAUGAUAGUACAAAAACAACUGAAGUUACAUCAACGAAGAAAGCAAAGCAGACAAAUCCUCAAGUUUACUUUGACAUAAGCAUAGGAAAGCAAGAAGUAGGUAGAAUUAUUAUGAUGUUAAGAGCAGACAUUGUACCAAGGACUGCUGAGAAUUUUCGGGCUCUUUGUACGCAUGAGAAGGGAUAUGGAUAUCAGGGUAGCACCUUGCACAGGAUUAUUCCAGAUUUUAUGUGCCAAGGGGGCGAUUUUACAAAUCACAAUGGUACAGGUGGUAAAUCAAUCUAUGGCAACAAAUUCGAGGAUGAAAAUUUUGAACUGAAACACACGGGUCCAGGAACUCUAUCAAUGGCCAAUUCUGGCCCAAAUACGAAUGGCUCCCAGUUUUUCAUGUGCACAGCCCGAACAGAUUGGUUGGAUGGAAAACAUGUUGUUUUUGGACACGUUCUCAGUGGAUUAGAUGUACUCAAAAAAGUUGAAAAAUGUGGAACAAAAGCAGGCUCACCGACACAAAAAGUUGUCAUAACUGCUUGUGGAGAAUUAGUAUAAUUUUUAUGUACAUAAAAAUUUUGUAAUAAAUGAGAUUUUAUAUAA